GGGCGGAGUGGAUGCGAGGAUGUUGAGUUUAUGACGAUAAGCAACGUGAAUUAAAAAAAAGAAAAAUGACGAAAUAUCUGUGAUCUGGGGCAAGUAGCGGUCGCGAAUUCAUACGGCACUGCGCAAAUGCCAGACUGAUUGGAGUCUGAAGAUGAAAUACAAAGAAAAAGAAAAUAACGAAUAAUUUUAAGCUCAGCCAGCUGGCCGCUCACACUGUGUGACCUCUGGAAAGGCUUGUCAGGAGCACUAUGGGGAACACAAGCAGUGAGAGGGCCGGCAUGGGCCAGGAAAAGGCCCACAGGAGGGAUAGUCGAGGAACCAAGGAAGGAGACCGUCCUAAAAUCCUGAUGGACAGCCCAGAGGAUGCUGAUAUUUUUCACGGCGAGGACAUCAAAGCACCAUUAGAAAAAGAGGAGUUCAUUGAGUGGAGACCAGACCUGGAGACCAGCGAAAAGGUCGACGCUUUAGAUCGACCCACUGUAUUUCGGUGGACAGGAGCUGGAAGAGAAGUCUAUAUUUCGGGCUCUUUUAAUAAUUGGACCAAUAAGAUUCCUUUGAUAAGGAGUCAAAACAACUUUGUGGCGAUUGUGGAUUUGCCUGAGGGUGAGCACCAGUAUAAAUUCUUUGUGGAUGGACAGUGGACCCAUGACCCAACAGAGCCUGUGGUGACCAACCAGCUCGGCACGGUCAACAACAUCAUCCAGGUGAAGAAGACGGACUUUGAGGUGUUCGACGCGCUCAUGGUGGAUUCACAGAAAUGUUCUGACAUGUCAGACCUGUCCAGCUCUCCUCCUGGGCCGUACCAUCAGGACGCUUAUGUACCUAAACAGGAGGAGAAGUUCAAAUCUCCACCCAUUCUGCCUCCACAUCUCCUGCAGGUCAUCUUAAAUAAGGACACGGGCAUCUCUUGCGAUCCAGCUCUGCUCCCUGAGCCCAAUCACGUCAUGCUUAAUCAUCUCUACGCUCUCUCCAUUAAGGACGGUGUUAUGGUCCUGAGCGCCACGCAUCGGUACAAGAAGAAAUAUGUCACAACUCUGCUGUACAAACCGAUCUGAGAGACAUGGCCAUCUCAACACUCAACUCACGCGACCUCCGUCUGAUUUGGCUGUUUUAUAUAGUACGUACUACUGUAAAUAGAAAUGUACAGAGAUGCACUUUAUAGGCAAAUCCCACCUUAAGGGGUAUAAACUAAGCAUACACGUAGUAUUAGCUCUGGACAGUUAAGCACAUAUCUGCUCUUUUAGAGGUUGGUACAGUUUUAAAUCCUGGGCCAAAUCAGUUGUGUUCUUGAAUAGUGUAAAUAAAGCGUGAAUUUAAUGUUUAAAUAAUUAUAUGUGUGUGUGUAGAUAAAUAUUAAUAUAAAUGGCCAGUUUUUUGGGGGGCCAAAUAUAAAGAGUGUUUAAGAGACUGCGAUUUACUUGAGAAACUGAUUCCAUUUUAUUAGAUUUUUUUUUGGAAAAAGAUUGUAAUGUCUGUUAUGUUCUGCAUUUUUAUUAGAACGGAACUUUAUGUAACUCUUAAUAUCCGUUACGGUGAUUUGAAAUUAUUUGAAGUUGUUACUUUGAAUAAACGAUUCACCCGAUUUUAAGUUUUAUUCGAAUGUAUCGUAUUAACAGUCCUUGGGCCUUCAAAAGUGAUUCGAAAAUCAUCUUGAUGUUUUGAAAUCCUUGCGAUAUGCGCAAGUUGACCGUUAUAUCGUCCUUGAUUGUUUAUAUUGUGGCAUAAUAAUGGAUCUGUCAUUGUUAGAAGUGAUAGAGCUCCUGUAAUUCACCUGAGAGUGUCUGAAAAGUACAAAAAUCGACGUAUUUGCGCACUUCAGGUUGUCAAACAGUAGAAGAUCCACUGAAACGACCUCAAAAUCUAAUUAAAAUUAAUUUCUGCACAGAAAAGUGAAGUUA